AUGUCGAUCUCGAUUUUUAUUAUUUCGCAGAUCUACGGGAUAGAUCCACGGCGAGUAAAUUUUGAUUACCUUAGUAUGGCACAAACUAAAGUAAUACGUAUUGAUAAUCGAUUUAAUUCAAUACACUUUUUCUGUAUUUUUAAUUUCAAAAGACCCUGUAUGACCGUCACUGACUGUAACUUUGACAGAAAUAUUGAGCCCGACUUUAAAAACAAACAUGGACACGAAGUGACGAGCGACAGUGAAAUUGCACAAAAACAGCAGCAAAGAAUGCCCAACCAAAGCAAGGCAAACAGACUUGGACUUGUAGUACUGAUUUUGUUGUGUUUUGUGACAGAAUCUAGUCAGAAACACGAGUGGGAUGAAAGAGGGUACAUCAUUUUCUGUCUGUGUAUGGGUCGGUUUGGUAACCAAGCAGAGCACUUCUUGGGAGGGUUGGCAUUUGCCAAAAAGAUUGAUAGAACCUUGAUAGUCCCCCCAUUUAGAACUUAUAAAAAUAUAGAAUUUGACGAAUGGUUUAAACUGGAGCCACUAAAGGACUACCAUCGUGUGAUACUGGCCAAGGACUUUAUGAGGGAUCUGGCCCCCACCCACUGGCCCCCAGGAAACCGUACAGGGGUCUGCUAUGGUAAACCAGACAGAGAGUGCGAGAUGAAGGAAGGAAAUCCAUUUGGACCAUUCUGGGAUGGCCUGGGGGUGGAUUUCGAUAAGACCAUGUCAGUGGAAGCUUACUAUGGGGAUCCAGAGGGGUGGAAAGAUUUACUUCCUGUAGACAAAUUCCCUGUAGUUGCCCUUCGUGGGGCCCCAGCCCCUUUUCCUAUUGCAGAAAAAAAUAUUCCAUUGGCCAAGUACCUUCAGUGGUCAGAGAGCAUAGAGGAGGAGGCCAACAGCCAUAUUCAGAAACUGACAGGAGGAGAUAAGUUUAUAGGGAUCCAUCUCAGGAAUGGGAUAGACUGGCAAAAUGCUUGUGAGCACGUCGAGGGCAAUGAGAAUUACAUGGCGUCACCACAGUGCCUUGGAUAUAAAAGGGACAAAAAGGUCACUCAUAAGAUGUGCUUUCCACCCAAAGAAGAAAUUUUAAGACUUACCAAAAAUGCCGUUUUAAGAACAAAGGCGAAACACAUUUAUGUAGCAACAGAUAAAAAUCCCAUGAAGGAAGAUUUGGAAAACCAUUUAAAAUCUCUAAAGGUUAAAGUUCAUCACCUUGACCCUUGGUUGCCACAGAUUGAUCUUGCAAUUUUGGGCAAGUCAGACCUAUUUAUAGGAAACUGUAUAUCAUCUUUCACUUCAUUCGUCUCAAGACAGAGACUUGUGCAGGACAAACCUACAGAGUUCUGGGGGUUCAGCUAAUAUCAGCAAAAGACAGUAUGACCUGAAUACAUUUAGAACAUUCCAACAAUGCAAUCAGUAUUUUAAAAGUCUUCAUAAAAAAUGCAAAUAAGUCAUACAUUAUAUCAAGUCUACAAUAGAAAGGGUGAAGGGUUGGGAACUGAUAAAAGUAAAUGCCUUGAUCACUGAAAUAUUUUCAAAUGUAUGAUAUAUUUACACGUAGAAUAAAACUGCACACAUUUUUAUCAUUCUAUUGCAAAUGCUAUUUUUUGUGCUCAAGUUUUCAUAGAAGUAAACAUUUUUUGCAGAUGCACUUUUGUUUACAAAAUUGUAAUCAAUACUUGAUUGAUGCUUAUUUAUUUUUUUAUUUAGCAAAAUCAUUUUGACAUGUUCAACAAGCAUUUCUAGUACAUCACUUAUAUAUUGUCCCAUCACAUUAUUUACAAAGUAUACGGUGCUACAGGUAGAGUACUUUAAAAUUUUCUUAAAUAUAUUUUACAAUCUA